AUGACCCCCUCUUCAAACUCAUCCCAAUCGGGCGAACCGAGUGGCACGGCUUCCACUCUUCCACCAUCAACCAAUGGUUUCCUCGGCGAUCCGCUGAAGAAUGAUAGCCCGGGAAUUCUCAAGAAUCGAAACACCUCCAAUGAGUCGCCUCUACAAAAUGGGAUCCCGAAAAACACGGAUUCGCCUAGAUCCAACAAUUCGACACCAGGCUCUGGGCAAAGAGUGAGAAUCUCGGACUCAAUCUCGCAGAUUCCACCUCGACGACGUUUUGAUGACGACAAUUUGAUCUUUGACUUCUCAUUGGUCCCUUUUGGGACUAAAGAACCGAUUCUUGAAGAAGUCGAAACAUCGGAAGUGUCUCAAAGUGUUGCUUCAUCGCUAGUGAUACCAAAAUCGAAGUCAAUCGAGCCGAUUAUAACCCCAAAUUCGAAGAACAUUCACAAUUUAUAUAUACGGACCGACGAUUUGUGGCUUGAUUUGGAUGAGGAAGAUCUCGAUUGUUUCGCCGAUAAUGCGUCCCCGAUUUCGCCGACUAGCAUAAUAAAGCCAGCAAUCGCCUUGGCUCCACCACCAAAAAGUGCUCCACCAUGUCCAUCAUCAGCGGUUCAAGUGAUUCAAGUUGGUGGAAAGCAAAUUGCGAAUGGACAAAUGACACCGGUGUCGAUGAGCAAUGGAGGAACGCCAACAAUUCUCAGAGAUGAUUUGUUGAGACCGACCGAUUUGGAAGCGAUGCGACGCCAGGUAGUCGCAAAUGGUGAGGCUCGUCUCCAGCAAUCACUCUCGACUCCAUGUCAAAAUGAUGGCUUGCAAAGCCCGCGAAAAGAUGCCGAAUAUCGGCGCUUCAAAUCCGAGGGCAGUGCUGGAGGGCCAUUGCAUCCAAGUGGAGGCCCAGAAAUGGAUGUGCCGUUGACCGAUGAUCUAUCACCGAUCGCCGAUCCAAGAAGUUCACCACCACAUCGUCUCAAUCUUUUUCAACAAGACUCGGUGGUGAAUGGACCGCUUACAAAGCACUCACACACUGAACAGGUAAUGAUGAUGCACACGUUGAAGACAAAACUCAGCAAAUAUCAAUCCUUUAUCGAUAAAGCUUUUCAAUUGAUCGCUCAAAACACAGAGGAUCAAAUUAUUGAGGGUUGCAACAUUGUCGCUAAAGUGAUGAUCAAAGCUUGGACUUUUCCAAAGGUGUCUCACGAUUUGUCGUAUGCUCUUUGUGACUAUUUGAGAGAUCAAAAAUAUUUCGAGAUUCUGCUUCAAUUUUUCAUCAAUCCGACCACAUCGGAGACUGUUCGUUUGACGUGCGGACGUGUUCUUGAAGAGUGCAUGUCAACCAACAACAGAGACUAUAUUGUGACAAAAAAUUUGUUGAAAAAAUUGGUGAGUACCGCCGAGAAGCUCAACAAAAACCCCGAUCAACAACGGAUCAGUCUAAGCAUUAUGGAAAGCCUCUUCAAGCACAGCACUCAAACGUCUUACAGAUUGAUCGAAUACGGCGUACUAGAUCAUAUCAUUUUAACGUGCAAGCGCUCGACGGAUACCCCAAGAACAUUGAGACACGCAGCUUUGGCUUUAGCGAACCUUGCACUUUACAGUUGCUCUGAAGGAAAGAAGAAAAUCAUGCAGAAAAAGGUACCCGAAUGGCUGUUUCUUUUAGCUUCACAACCAGAUGAUCUCACAAGAUAUUAUGCUUGUUUAGCGAUUUGUGUCUUUGGAAGCUCAAAGGAAAUGGAAACGGCUGUGAACAAAUCGGGAACUCUGGGUCUUGUCGAGCCAUUCCUUCUCUCGCAUAGUGCCACUCAAUUCGCCGGUGAUCACUACAAGUACAGUCAAGGACGUCCGAAAGAAUGGCUUGUCAGAUUGUUGCCGUUAUUGCAAUUCAAAAUCAAUCAAUGUCGAGAAGCUCGAUCAAUGGCUGCUUUUCAUCUCACAAUGGAGGCGACGAUCAAGAAAGAUCAGAAUAAACUCGACGUUUUUCAGACUCUU